CAACUACUUUGCGGUGUUCUUAGUGCUCGCCACGCUAUUCAAACAGCGGCUGCGUUCGGUUGAUCGCCGGUUGCGCUCGCAGGUCACGGCGCUUGUGAAGCACUUGCUGGACAGUCUGAACUUUCCAACCGACAUUUUCGGCGCCGCCGGCGGUGUCGGCAGCGUUUCUCCCUCAGCAGGGCGCGCAAGCUCGGCGUCCAUGCCGUCAUCGCACCACUUUCCUUACUACGGUGACGUGUACGAGUUUGGCACUUCGCGAAGAAUCAUGCGACUGCCUGUGGAUCCCCACAGUCACCUAGAUGCUGCCGUACCUCUGGAGGAAGCUGAGGAGGCCAAGAAGGACGCCGAGGAGGCCAAAAUAGCGCUAGCUCGACAGAUCCUCAGUGAUACGUGGACACAGAUCACGCACGUACGCUUUCACGAUGACCGCGCGCGAAGGACGGAAAUUUUCCUUCAAGCACUCACUACUGCCGUGGAGCUGUUGCCGGUAAUCUCAGAAGCUUCUACAAUCAACGCCUCCGUCGCUGAAAAAAUGGCAACCAGUGCGUCAAAUGAUGGCGUGGACGAGAACGGAGAUCCGCAGAGGUCUUCAUUCGGCUCAACUGUAGGUGCCGGUCGUGUAACACGAAAUCGGGCCUCCUUUGCAGUUGGUGGAGGAAACACCCAAACAGCAGUCUCGCAGACUGGAAUAGUUGAUUUACCGAUACUGGGUACGACCGUGCUAACUACUGCACUUGUACCCGAAGUGUCUUCUUCAGUCGGCGCUUCGACCAGUGAUGGAGCACCUCCGUCCACCUCAACAGCUGAUCCAUCUUCAACAGCGGGUGGAAUGCAGGCUAGACCUUUAUGGGCGUUCAAACCUGGAACGCAUGGACGGCGCGAGCUCUUCCUGCC